CUCCUGCGCUGCUAUAAAGCGGCGGCAAUGAGGAUGAGAGGAGAAAUAUAGUGAUUCAAAGAAACCAAAGAGACGCCCUACACGAUCUUUUUGCCCUGUGUGUUUGCCGCCGAGGGACAUUUGGACGCGCAGAGACAGAUCUGACUGAGGAGGCUCCGUUUGUCCCUGAAUCCACAGGCUCGGGCUCCAGCAGCCUCGCUCACCUCCAGUCAGGCCGGUGAAGUGCUACCUCCAACCCCGCUGAGAUGGCUCCAACCCUGGCCACAGCGUUCUCCCGCCGCUGGUGGAUGGCGGUGACGGCGGUCAUUGAGAACCUGCUUUUCUCUGCCGUGCUGCUGGGAUGGGGAUCCCUGCUCAUCAUGCUCAAGUCUGAGGGCUUCUACUCCUACCUGUGCAAAGGACCAGAAAACAGCUCCAGCCUCAACCUCUCCAUUGCACCCACAUCGGAGGCGUCUGAGUCUGAGGAGUACCUUGAGAUGAAUGGCUGGACCAUCUGCAAGGACCAGGACGAGAUGCUGAACCUGGCCUUCACUGUGGGCUCCUUCCUGCUGUCUGCCAUCACCCUGCCCAUGGGCAUUGUCAUGGACAAAUAUGGUCCACGGAAGCUACGUCUCCUGGGCAGUGCCUGCUUUGCUUUUUCCUGCCUCCUCAUCGCCUACGGCGCCAGUGAUCCCAACAAUCUGUCCAUCCUGAUCUUCUUUGCUUUGGCGUUGAAUGGGUUUGGAGGCAUGUGCAUGACCUUCACUUCUCUGACGCUCCCCAACAUGUUUGGAGACCUGAGGUCGACCUUCAUCGCCCUGAUGAUUGGAUCCUACGCCUCCUCUGCUGUCACUUUCCCCGGUAUCAAGGUGAUCUAUGAUCUGGGUGCCACCUUCAUCACCAUCCUGAUGGUUUGGGCCGCCUGCGCCUGCCUCGUCUUCUUCAACUGCUUCGUCAACUGGCCUCUGGAGCCCUUCCCCGGCCCAGAGGACAUGGACUUCACGGUGAAGAUCAAGUUCAGCUGGCUGGGCUUUGACCACAAAAUCACAGGGAAGCAGUUUUACAGGCAGGUGACCACCGUGGGGCGCCGUCUCAGUGUUGGUAACUCCAUAAAGCAGCAGCACCAGCCGCCCAAAGACCUGGCCACGCAGGAGGCCAACAAACUGUGCCUGUCCACUGUCGACCUGGAAGUGAAGUGCCAGGCCAAGGAGGAGACUCAGUCCUUCAUGAAGAGUGUCUUCAGUCCCAUCUUCUUGCUGAGCCUCAUCACCAUGUGUGUGACCCAGCUGCGCCUCAUCUUCUACAUGGGAGCCAUGAACACCAUCCUGGAGUCCCUGACAGAGGGAGAUCUCGGCAAAGUGGAGAAGAUGCAAGUGGUGAGUGUCUACACGUCCAUCUUUGGCGUGCUGCAGCUUCUGUGUCUGGUCACCUCUCCUGUGAUUGGCUACGUCAUGGACUGGAAGCUCAAAGACUGCGAGGAUGACAAUGACAAGAACACCAAGAGGGAACCUGGUCAGCCCCGGCCCCCCGACAAACAGAUUCAGAAGAUUGUCAACGCCACCAGAGCAUUCAUCUUCACCAAUCUACUCCUGGUUGGCUUUGGAUUCACCUGCAUCAUCCCUAACCUGCCCCUCCAGAUUCUGUCCUUUAUCCUGCACACUAUUGUCAGAGGCUUCAUCCACUCUGCAGUCGGAGGCCUCUAUGCUGCUGUGUACCCGUCCUCUCAGUUUGGCAGCCUGACAGGCAUGCAGUCUCUGAUCAGCGCCCUGUUCGCCCUGCUCCAACAGCCUCUCUUCAUGGCCAUGGUUGGACCCCUGGAGGGAGACCCUCUAUGGGUGAACGUGGGCCUUUUGGCAGUGAGUUUGCUGGGAUUCUGCCUGCCUUUCUACCUGCUGUGCCACAGCCGCCACCUCCAGCGCCUCAGAGACGAGCGCGAUGAGGACCCAAAGAUCUACGUCAAGAUCAACAAUGGCAGCAAGCCCGAGGCCUUCGUCUAGACGGAGAGGAAGAACAGAGAGAUGGAUGAUCUUUUUAAAAACUGAGAUGACGAGCUACGCUAAAAAGAGAAAGACAGAGAAAAAGAAGAGAGGGGAGGGGAGAGCGGUGGAAGGGAUACAUUCCUUCACCCUGUCCUCCCUGACGCUACAGUGCUUCUCUCAGUUCAUCCCCUCACCUCCCUCUCAAACACACUUUCACUCACACCAUUUUCCUGCCAAUCAGAUGUGGUCAAACACGACAGCACACUGCUGUGACACCCAGUUUCAUCCUCUCUGAUACUAUACACUGUGAGAAACCUGACACGCACACACACACACACACACACACACACACACACACACACACACACACACACACACACACACACACACACACACACACACACACACACAUACACACACGCCCUAUGGAGAGCUCCCUCUCCCUCAACUGCAUCUCUGAACUGAGGAGAAAACAGACUAAUGGGAAAAAGAAGACUUUUUGUGUCUACCCAAAUGACUCCUCUACACAUCUUUUCUUCUCUCUUGUUCAUUUUUACAAACGUUACUGACUGGUUUAGCCUCGGCCAGUCCUACUUAGAAAAAAUAGAAGAAGAAGCUGAUGCCAGCCAAUGGAAAUCCACUGAGGAGAUUGUGGAGGAGACAACUGUAAAAAAAAAAAAAGUCUCAGUGACAGUAUUGUGCUUUUUAAAGUCACCUAGCACAAACCAACUGCGGUGUUGUGAGUGCGUACAGUGGUAACCAUGACAACGUUUGCUCUCUGAUUGGCCCAGGUUUGUCUGAGGUGACGUUUCACCCAGUAAACCGUCACCUCUCUCAGACAGCACAAGCCGUUGUUUAGUGGGAGGCUGCUUGGUGUCUGUUUUGAGAACUCCCACAUGAGAAAAAGACAAAAAAGUGGCACCCUUGGUCGUGGCAUCUCUGCUUACUCUUAAGCUCGAGGGCAUUAACCGGAUAAGAGUCCACAGACAGCAGUAUUGGUAGCAGUUCAGAUUGAAACACAUAGUAUGAAUUACGGUGGCUUUUUAAUCAGCACAGAAAACACUGCAGCAUCUCUCUCUCUCUUGUGUGUGUGUGUGUGUGUGUGUGUGUGUGUGUGUGUGUUAGAUAAUGCAGUGUGAAAAAAGCUGGCUAGAUGAAACUACACUGCAUGAUGCCUGAUACAGUGCUGGUCCUACAUUGCUGUCUCACUCACUAGUGCAGGAAGACACACUCAACUUGCCAUGUUGGUCUGUUUUUUGUUUUGCUCAUGAAUUCCUUUCGUGUGUUUGGAAUAUAUAAUAAUUUGUUGUUUAUCAAAUGUAUUUACUUGCAAUAUGAUCGCAGAUGUGUUGUUGAAUCUUUGUUCCCUAUACAUGAUCUGACGACGUGGAGGAGGAGAUGUUUUUAGAGUAGGUAGACGGGACAAAGAUAUUAGAUAUGGUGUGUUUUUUUAAAGGUGGGAGUGGCGCAGAGGUGGAGCCUCUAUGUUGCUCUACUCGCCGCACACACAGUCUCGGUUUCGUUGUAGCAAUAAGUGCUUCUGUGAGGUGCUGGGCAUCCUGUUGACACACAAUCACAUGCAGACAGGCAAACAUGUACAUUUUAUGGACUGUAUUUUUAAAACAAAAAGGUGCUAGUUGAAUUACAAAAACGUUUUUUUGUGCAUUUUUUCUUGUUAAGGUGAGGUUUUAUCAUAAAAGGCAACAAAUUGCUAUGAAAUUACUCACAAUAGCUGUUUCUCUAUUGACACAGUGGAUUCCAAAGACCCAAUCAGGUUACCAUUUCUACUGGUGACUUUGCUUGUGGUUUCUUAUCCAUUUUGUGGUAAUUCUGCACUGUAACACAAAGUGCAACCACAGCAGCAGCUCUGGGAAACUUGAAUUCACCUGAACAUACAUGAAGGGAGAUUUGCUUGAAGGCAGCAGGCUGAUGAAGACGUAUUCCUCCAGGUUCUGAGAAAAAAUUGAUGAGACUGAACACAGACAAUGAAGAGUCAGAGCAGAGGCGUGUAGAGUGAUACAGGUGAUAACUGCUGUUUGAUUUGGCCUGCUGUCUUCAGAUGCCAUACAGAGAAGCUCCUCAGAUAUUUCCUGCCUGGCAGUAACUCACAGAGGCACUUCCAAAGACAGCCAUGACCCUCAGAGUGCCUCUCUAUGUGUACAGAUGAUGGGAGUAGUGGAUCCAGGCAGGAUGUGGCGCACCCAGUCCCUCUCUCCCUCUAUCUACCCAUCCAUCUAUCACAUUCAUCCAUCCAUCCGUCCGCAAACAGGUCCUGAAUUGUUUACCAAUGCCAGGUGACAGAGCUGAGAGACAAGCCUCCGCUGCCAUCAGAUGCUCCCAGUGAAUGACUAAGUGAGAAAUGAAUGGCACACAAUGCACUUUAGAACCUCUAGAAAUGGACCUCAGUCAUGCAUUUGCCUGCUCACACUGUAUGGUACACGCAGUGCAUGGCUGCUCGCUGGUGGUGCAUGAUGCAGAGAAUGUAUACUCAGAGCUUCAGAUGUAGAUUUUUAAUUCAGAACAUGGGAACGGAAAGAUGCUGUUAUUUUUUAUACUCACAGAAAGAAAAAUUAUUGCUUCACAUGUUCAAUAUAUCGCCUUUAUUUGCAUGGAUAGUGUGGCCAAGUCUCUCUCUCAGCUCUUUCAUAAGCGUUGGACACAACUGUAGGCAUGUACAUCCUCACUAAACUGCAGGGUUUCUGUAAAGGAGAAUUUUAUGGAGUAAAAUUGGUGCAGAAAUGAUUUAACUGUGUUUUGUUAGAUGACAAAUGUGAAGAAAUGUGAAGAAGUGUAGAAAAGUGUAACAGCUCCAAUUAAAUGUUAUCUAAUACACACCUGGCAGACAGCUGUGUAGGAAAAUUAAAUCAUGCAGAAGAAAUUAAUAAGACCCACACGAUGCCAGCACUCAUUUACUUAAAACCAAAACUUUGGAUUUCAAAUGAACCUAAACAGAUAGUGUGCAGGAACUCAUUACAUUCUUUUGCAUUUCUUUAUCCAAGCAUUCACAUUGUUGUAUCUCUGAAGUGCAAAUCUUGUGUAACAAGAAGAGAUCUCAGUCCAUACAUCCAAUUUUCACCACUUCUACCAGGUCUGGGUUGCCUGGGUCUGGGUGGGAGCAGGGUUAGUAAGUUCUGCCUGGGGCAGAGCUGGAUGUCUUUAUUAUCUUUAUUAGUACGUUGCAGAUACAAAGCCCACACAGAUUGUGCACUAUUAUUCUUUGAAAGCUGCGUGGGGGGGAUUCUCCUGUACAAUGCCAGUUUUGUACUUGAGAGAUGCAACAAUAACAAUUUGUGCAUAGAAAUGUGCAAAUGUAUUUGCGAUGUAGAAAUCUUUAAUUACAAGUUCACUGUGUUUUUUUCACUUCACAAAACCAUAUUCACAUUUGCCUUUCUAAUAAAUCACAUGUAACUAAUUUAACUCCAUAGAGUGUAUCUCGUAGCGUGCCGGUGUGUAACUGUUCCUGUGGUUUGUCGUGAUGUUCUGACAGGCUGCAGGUACAGAUACACUCUGAUGCAAUACUUUACUCCAGCUCUAUGAAUGUGGGUGACGAUGGACAUUGAUUUUUCAUUUGCCUGGUAACCCAUCCUGAACUCACUCUGUGGCUGAACAUGAAAUCAGCCCACUCGCAGACUGUUUUCCUUCAGUCUGUGAAUUGAAGAUGUGAUAGUGGAGUGUGUGAGUGAUGAGUUACCAGGUGAACUCCUCAUUCCCUCAGAAUGGCAAACUAAUCUGCACUUUCCUUCACUGCCGUACCUUAAACAACUGUCCUCCAUGCCAUCACCUCCCCGCUCUCACCCCAACCUCCUAGGAUAGGGAAUCUACAGUAGUUUGGUUUAUUGAUUGAUGUACUGAUGGAUUGUUUGCUCUCUGAAGAUGAAUCCUAGUGUGUUUUUACGACAGGAAGUGGGGAUUUCAGCUGGAACACAGACACCUUGUUUCCCUCCCCUGGCAUGUACCUUUUGUAUUUUUUCUACCUACCAUGCUCCAGUUUAGUUUUGUUUUCUUUUAUUAAGCUUUUUUUCCCCUCUGAUGUUUACGAGAAUGUGUUUUUUCAUGGUCUUAUAUUGUAUAUUUGGUUCUCUUUUGUCUUGUACCACAGUAUAGCCAUUGUCAUUGACAUUUUAAGUCAUGUCAACUGAAAGAAAAAAGACAGAUCAAUAUAUGAAGCAAAAUAAACACAAUAAUUUGUAUA